AUGGAAGUUAACAAUGGAAAAGGUACUAAAAUCUGGAUACAUAAAUGGAUAAUUGGUCUAGAUAUCAAAGUAGAACCUCUUCAUCCCUCACAUCUUCAGUAUGUCUUUGUUAGUGAGUUGAUCUUCACUGAUACAAAUUCUUGGAAUACUUCUCUUCUCAACAUGUUAUUCAUACCAGAAAUUGUGGAAAAAAUUCAGAAUAUGCAACUAUCAGUUCAUGAAGAAGAUUGUAUGAAAUGGUUACCUGCUAGAGAUGGCAAUUUCUCUGUCAAAACAGCUUACAAUAAACUCAUGGAAGUCAAAGUGCAACAACAAAUAGCAUUAAAUGUAGUUCCUACUGCAGUCUGGAAAUCUCUCUGGAAGAUGAAAUUACCACAUCGUGUUAAAAUUUUCAUUUGGAAAAGUAUAAAAGGAAUAGUUCCUACAAGGAUGAGACUAGCUCAAGCAAUGCACAUCAUAGAGACACACUGUGAGAUCGGUAAACAUGAUGAAGAAACAUUAUAUCACCUUCCGAUUAAGUGUCCUCAUGCAAAGGCAGUUUGGAGAACACUUAAUAUCAAUACUGAUCAGAUCUCAGUUAACUGUCAGUCAGUUAGAGAUUGGAUAAUAUCUUGGUUUCAAGAUAUGCAAAAUACUGGCGCUGAAGAUAUGCAAAGAUGGCGUGAACUACUAAUGGUUGGUUGCUGGAUCAUUUGGAAAGAAAGAUGUGACUGCGUCUUCCAGGAUAAAACUCUAAACCAUAUUCAUACAGCUAAUAGGAUUCAGUAUCAACUUAUUAAUUUCAAUAGUUCUCUACAUACCAGCUUAUCUGAUUCUAUAACUUCAGAGACUAGGGAUGCAUAUCAUGACAGGAUAGCUCAUAAUCAUAUGCUUAACAAUCUUUCUGAAUCUAUGGAUGCUUUUCAAGUUUUUAAAGAUGCUUUUUUUGAUGGUGUUUCUAAUGAAUGUGGUACUGGUGUUGUAUUGUUAAAUUUAGCAGGAGAAUGCACGGGCAUUAAAGGAACCCAUGCAGCUGGAGUAGUUGAUGCUGAAAUGGGAGAAUUCAUGGCAAUUAUGGAAGGUCUUUAA